AAACGGUGGGUGGAGAUGAUGCAGGAAGACCUCGUGCGGCUGGUGAGAACAGCCAGUGGAGUGGAUGACCUCGUUCAAAUAUAUCAGAGGAACAAAAAUUUAUACACAGUGGAAGCCAACAAUGCACGACAAUUGGUGGAAAGUGCAGCUCAAGACAUUGAAAAACUCCUGAGUAACAGAUCCACAGCCUUGGUACGUCUGGCUGAAGCAGCAGAAAAAUUCCAGAAAGAACAUCAGUGGCAGGAUGAAUUUGCGACGAGUGAUAUUGUCUACUACAAUGCAAAAGAAGAUCUGAAUGAUUCUGGAAGAAGCGAGAACGAAACUGGUAGCCAGAGAAUCAAACCUGUGUUUGAAGAAGAUCCUCUGUUCGGUCGACAAACAUCGUACCAACAUGCCGCUGUCCAUAUACCGACCGAUAUUUACGACGGCUCUACCAUCGUGCUGAACGAACUGAACUGGACAGGUGCAUUAGACGAAGUCUUUAAAAAGAACAGGGAGGAAGAUCAAAGUUUGCUGUGGCAAGUUUUCGGCAGCGCGACCGGCCUCGCUAGAUACUACCCAGCCUCUCCCUGGGUGGACAAGAGUCGAUCCCAGAACAAGAUUGAUCUGUAUGAUGUCCGUAGAAGACCGUGGUACAUCCAAGGAGCCGCCUCUCCUAAAGAUAUGCUUAUUCUCGUUGAUGCGAGCGGUAGCGUCAGUGGGUUGACCCUGAAGUUGAUCCGAACGUCCGUCAUUGAAAUGUUGGAAACCUUGUCGGAUGACGACUUUGUGAACGUGGUUUCGUUCAAUGAUAAAGCUCAAAACGUCAGUUGUUUCAAUCAUCUCGUACAAGCUAAUGUAAGGAACAAGAAGAAGUUGAAGGAAGCCGUCUACAAAAUCCAAGCGAAAGGAAUCACUGAUUACAAAAAAGGAUUCAGUUACGCCUUUGAGCAACUGCUCAAUGACAGUCAGAGUGUCUUCAGAGCUAACUGCAACAAAAUUAUAAUGUUGUUUACUGAUGGAGGGGAAGAAAAGGCUCAGGAGAUAUUCGAGAAGUACAAUAAAGACAAGAAGGUCCGUGUGUUUACAUUUUCUGUUGGUCAACAUAAUUAUGACAAAGGACCCAUACAGUGGAUGGCCUGUGAAAACAAAGGUUACUAUUAUGAAAUUCCUUCCAUUGGGGCCAUAAGAAUAAACACACAGGAAUACUUGGAUGUUUUGGGGAGACCGAUGGUAAUGGCCGAGCAAAAAGCCAAACAAGUCCAAUGGACAAACGUUUAUUUGGAUGCUCUGGAACUUGGGUUGGUCAUUUCGGGAACCUUGCCAGUGUUUAACUUUACCAAAGAUCAAAACAACGUUCAGAACCAGCUGAUCCUUGGCGUAAUGGGAGUUGAUGUGUCCUUAGAAGAAAUUAAAAAAGUCACCCCUCGCUUUACUCUGUGUCCCAACGGUUAUUAUUUUGCCAUUGAUCCCAAUGGCUAUGUGCUGCUUCACCCAAAUCUUCAACCAAAGAAUCCGAAAUCUCAGGAACCCGUGACUCUGGAUUUUCUGGAUGCAGAGUUGGAGAAUGACAUUAAAGUUGAGAUUCGGAAAAAGAUGAUUGACGGUGAAAGUGGUGACAGGACCUUUCAAACACUGGUCAAAUCUCAAGAUGAGCGUUAUAUUGAUAAAGGCAACAGAACGUACACAUGGACUGCUGUGAAUGGCACAGAUUACAGCUUGGCUUUGGUAUUACCAUCCUACAGCUUUUACUACAUAAAAGCCAAGAUUAAUGAAACCUUAACUCAGGCAAAGUUUAUUGCAACUCUCAAGCGAGAAUCCUUUGACGAAGUUGGAUAUACGUUUUUAGCACCCAGGGACUACUGUAGCACAGUGAAAAUAACAGACAAUAAUACUGUAUUUCUUCAGAAUUUCAUUGAAUUUAUGGAUCAAUAUUCACCCGAAAACCCUUCAUGUAAUGGUUUGGUGAUGAGAGCUUUGUUGGAUGCGGGCUUCACAAGUGACCUGGUCCAGAAUUACUGGAGUAAGCAGGACCCCGAGGGAAUCACAGCACGCUUCGUAGCUACGGAUGGAGGGAUCACCAGAGUAUAUCCCAAAAGUGCAGGCGAAUAUUGGACAGAAAAUGCGGAAACCUAUGAACAGAGCUUCUACAAAAGGAGUUUAGAUAAUGAAAAUUAUAUCUUCACAGCUCCAUUCUUCAACCGAAGCAUUUAUGAAGAUGGCAUCAUGGUAAGCAAGGGUGUGAAGGUCACUGUGAACGGAAAACUUCUGAAACCAGCAGUUGUCGGAGUAAAAAUCAACUUGAACAGCUGGAUGAGAAAUUUCACGACAAUCACCAUUAAAGAACAGUGUAAAAGUGGGAGUGAGAUUUGCGGAUGUGAAAAGAACAGUCAGCACGUUGACUGUGUCAUUCUUGAUGAUGGAGGUUUUCUUUUGAUGACCAACCAAGAUAACUAUGUUCCAGAGAUUGGAAAGUUCUUUGGAGAGAUUGACCCUGGCCUCAUGAGAAAUCUCAUUAAUAUGUCCUUGUAUGCCUUCAACAAGUCUUAUGACUACCAGUCAGUCUGCGAUCCAGAAGAUGAACCGAAACAAGGAGCAGGACUCCGCUCCAUCAAUGUGCCUACCAUUGCAGAUAUUUUACACCUUGGAUGGUGGGCGUCGGCAGCUGCCUGGUCUAUUUUGCAGCAGCUAGUCUGGGGGCUGACCUUCCCACGUUUCCUUGGGGCAGUGGAAGUGGAAGAAGAGGAUUUCAGUGGCUUCCCAUCCAAACAGAGUUGUAUCACAGUACAAACACAAUAUUUCUUCGGGUCUGACGAUAAAUCCUUCAAUGGCAUUCUGGACUGUAUCAACUGUUCUAGGCUUUUUCAUGCAGAGAAGAUUUCCAACACCAAUUUGGUUUUCAUCAUGAGUGACAGUAAAGAAUUGUGUCAUCAUUGUGAUGCAAGGCCAUUGAUGCAAGCCGAGAAGCCUGAUGAAGGACCGAAUCCUUGUGAGAUGGUUCAGCAUCCCAGAUACAGGAAAGGACCGGAUGCUUGUUUUGAUGACGCUAAAGAUGAUUCAACAGAGUGUGGUGGAGUCUCUGGAUUGAGUCCAUCACUCUGGUCUAUGGUAGGAAUCCAGUUUAUCCUCCUCUGGAUGUUAUUCGGAAGCAGACCCUGUCAAUUAUGACCCCGAGAAACCCCAAACCUCAUCUAACCAACCAAGAUCCUGCCAAAAUGUUAGCCCACCAUUGUCAUUCAAGGAAAAAAAAAGGGGGGGUCCAGUCUGCUCCAGCUGCGGAUUCCAUGGCGACCCCAGUGACUCGAAAAUCUUUUCGGGAGGGGGGAAAAGGCACUGGAAGGCACCCACCACAGCUGCAUGUUGGUGUGUCAGAUCCGUUAACACGCAUGUGUGAAUGCUUCAUCAUCUAGGCCAUUCAGAACUGGAAUCUGUAUGUGCUUUACUGUGGACUUGCAGGGUUGGGAGGGGCAAAGUCUUCUUUUGUGUGUGUGCUUUUGAAGACUCUGUGUUUAACCAAAAAGGGCUCCCCUUUUAAAAGAUCACCCCCAUUUCUGUUUGUUUGUUCAAACUCGGUUUUGAGUGGGUUGCGCUCCUUAAACAUUGGAACGCCUGAUUUAUAAAGGAAAGGGGAAAACAAACUUGCCAUUUCCUUCGCCUUCUGGUUUAGAAUACUGAUUAUUUAUAUGCCUGCGUUCAACUAACUCGACUUCAUUUCACGCCGGUUCACCGGUGGUCAAAUCAACCAUAAACCAACACCGUGAUUUAAGAAAAACGCAGAGACUUCUUCACGACUUCUCCUCCUCCUUCCAUAACCAUUGCUCCCACUGCCAACUUCAAGCCCAUCAAUGCAACGGCGUUAGCACACCUGAAAAUGUUUCCGAAUCCCAGGAAUUUAAAACAUUCUAGAGGGGGAGGGAGAGGGAAUUAAAACGAUGGUCAGAAGGCGGCAACUGGUUUUAAAGUCCAAAAGGACUUUUUUUAAAUGAAGAAGAAAAGAAAAAAAAUGCUAAAAUGUUUUAUUUAGGAAGCAGUGGUGGGCUAGAUGUCAACGAUCUGGCACAUCGAAUUGGACACCGCGAGACUUUUCACCUUGGUGUAAAAUGCCUUAUAACAGAUCAUCUUUGUUUUCUAAAAAAAAAAAAAAAUCGGAUUUCAUCAUUUCAUGAACGGGAUGCAAAGUUGUGAAAAAGGCAAGCUCGAAGCAAGCAAUGUCAAAAUGGAAUCUUUUUUUAAACAAAAAACAAAUUUCAUCCCAGUAUCUUGCUCAAGCUGUUAAUGUCCGUGUGGGAUGCUAACCUGUUUUCACCGGUUGCAAAGUCCUCCAAAGUUUUCAACACACAACGUUUGUGAAUACAAAUGUCUUUUGUGAAUAUAUUGAACGUUGGUUUCUAAGGGUAAUUUUUGCAUGAUGACGAAGCUGCUAUUCUGUUCAGGAAUUAUUAUUUUUUUCCUAGAUUUUUUUUCCUUUUCCUUUUUUCAUGUGUAGAGUGUAGUUUAUUGGAGAGGUGUUUGUGUGAUUUUUCUUUUCCUGCUGUGUGAGAAACCAAAUAUUGCGGUGUGAUGCAAUUGAAUCUUAAGUUACAUAUUGUUAAACAGAUAUCUGAAUCGAUUGUGCAAUGUAAAAGCUGAAAAACGAGGGAUGGUACAUUUAAUUAUCUGUGCAAGUGGGGAAAAUGGGUUUUAUAAAUGAAAACAUUCACCUGAAUUACUGUUUACAGGUCCAGUCAGUAGCUGAAAUCAAAUUGACAGGCAUUUAUUUCAGGGUUUUUAAAAAAAUAACUGUUUAUUUCCAUCAAAAUUAUCCCCAAUUAUUAUUCAGCACCUUACCUUCUGCUUUUCAUCACAAAAAGCAAAAUUUUAAAAAAUUGAAUGAAAAACAAUUGGAAAACCCAAAACAAUCUCUGUAAUUCAUAGAGAGACCCUUGGGUUUGAAGUAAAAAAAAAUACUUAUUUAGUGUGAACUCAAACACCAAUCCAGUCAGUAAAAACCUUGGAGUACAGAAUGUUGUAGACAGAGAAGAUAAUAUUUUAAUCAAGGACUUUUUAAAACUCACCAAUGAAUGUGUGGCUUUCUUGAUCUCACAGAAUUCUUCUAAAAACUGCAA